CCACACCCAUCUCACCUGUGCACACCUCUUCCCACUUUCUUUCCAUCUCAUUCUCUCUCUUUUCCCUCUCUGUCUAUUCCUCACUCAACUGUGUUUUUUCAUCUAUCACUACACUUUAGAUCAAACCAGAUUAAAAAUGGGCUGCUUCACAUUCGUCAAAGUUGUGAUGGUUGUGUUCAACUUGCUUAUCUGCCUGGCGGGCAUGUGUUUGGCGGCUGCAGGGAUAUGGGUGACAGUGGACGGGAAUUCCUUUAUGAAAGUUUUGCCACCCUUUACUGAUGAUUUCGAGAGUCAUGUGAAUGUAGGAGUCUUCUGCAUCACUAUUGGAGCAGUUAUGACUCUGCUUGGACUGCUGGGGUGCUGUGGAGCUCAGAAAGAGAGUAAAUGCCUUCUUAUAAUGUUCUUCUCCAUCAUCCUGCUCAUUUGCAUUGCCGAGACAGCAGCCGCAAUAGUAGCCCUGGUCUAUUCCUCAUACACUGAGAUCAUUCUAAGAGCGUGGGCCACACCUGGACUGAAGGAGAAGUUUGGGAAAGAUAAAAUCGUCACAGACUUGUGGAACUCAACCAUGACAACACUGCAGUGCUGUGGCUUCAGUAACUACACAGACUUCUCUGAAUCCUACUACUAUAAGCAGAAUGGGGCCCUUUACCCCCCUACCUGUUGCGCAGGUCUUGAGCUCUUCCCCUGUGACGACGACAAUGCAGGUUUCAGUAAUGUGGAGGGCUGUUAUAAACAAAUUGUUAAGAUCAUCCAGAGGAACGUCAACAUUGUGGGAGGAAUAGCUGCUGGAGUCACUGCCAUUGAGGUGGCAGCGAUGGGGGUGUCUAUGUACCUCUAUUGCUACCUGGACAAAAAAGCCACCUGAAAGUCUAAUCUUAGUUUAUUAUUAUGUAUAUGCAUCUUUUCUUUAUGUUACAGGAUUAGUUAUUUUAACUGUUCAUAAUACUAUAGAUGCUAUUUAUUGUAGGAUUACAGUUGUAUCACGUUAACAAGGUGAAGUGGAUGAUUAAAUAGUUGGUUAUUUGAUUUUGAAAUUGGAAGUUACAUAAACAUAAUCAUUUUCUUCUGCGGUUGUAAUGUAAUGCAAUUCAUGAAAUAAAAUGUUUCUGUAUCCCCUUCUACAUGAGAAAGUAAUUUUAUAACCAGAGAUCAAGUUAAUUUGCAUAGAGAAGCAAUAAUUGUUUUGCACUGAAACGCUUCAUGUCACACAAGCUGUUCUUCUACAUGAAAAAUUCGUUUAGGCAGAGAUAGGAAAGUGUUUGUGUAGAAUGUGUUAUAAAUUAUGCAUUUGCAACUAUCUCUUACCCACUGAAAAUAUAUCUGAGUAGAAGACUGACUGAGGAUGAUCAUUUGUUCUGUUGGUACAGUUGAUACUAAAUAAAAAGU